UUGUUUCCAAUGACUGCGUCCAAUUGGAUGAUGCUAAACAACAACAAACCAAUAACUAGCUUUUUUGCUCGUGAUUUGUUUGUUGUGAGUGGUAGUCGUAGUGGUGUUUAGUCUCAUCAUCAAUGCUGGUGAUAAAAUAAAUCAACAACAGGUUGAAAUAAUAAUCAUUUCAUUUAUCCCACAACCGUCAUCGUCAUUGACACAAUCCUGUUCAACACAAACAUGGCUCAAAAUAAUAUGUCGCACGAAUCGAAGAUGUAUGUUGCACCUAAUCCCGAAACACAUUUCGAAGAGUUGUUCCGUGUCGUACAACAACAGGAUGUCAACAACAACAACAACAAUGCUAUUCAACCACUCAAUAACGUGCCAAUGCGACAACGUAAUUUUCCCGAAUCCUUUUUCCGUCCUCCAUCCUGUUCAUCAUCGGCAUCGCAUUCACGAGAAUCAUCACUGGACGCAACAUUCAAUUCCAAUUUUGUAAAUAAAAAUAACCAUUCUUCGGCCAAACCACCGACCACACCACAUCGAAAUAAUAACAACAAUCACCAUAAUAUAUCAUCGCCACCGUUUGUUCACCAAAAAGCUCAUUCAUUACCGGCUUCAUUGCCCAAUCAAAAAUUGACCUUCACACCAAUCACCAAUCUGGACAAUAAUAAAAGUUUGGUCAAAACACAACCUGCAGCGCCACCACCGCCCUCUCCCAAACAAUAUCGCCAUCAACAACAAUUAAAGUUGGCUAAUGCAAAUCUCACAAACAAUAACAACUUCCAUUUUCGCCAACAAAGUUAUGAUAUUGAUAAGAUUCCAUUGCCGGAUGGCUGGACAAUGUCAUUCGAUUCGAAUGGAGAACGUUACUUCAUCGAUCAUAAACGUAAAUUAACUACAUGGGAUGAUCCAAGGAUCAAAAUUACACAACAAAAUUUCACUAAUCUGGCUCAAAAUCCAACUAAUUCGAUUAUUAAUCAUCCAAAUCCUGUUGCCUCCUAUCAUCAACAUCAAUCGUCACAACCAGUACAACCAUCUCCUGCUCUAAUAUCACACAAUAGUGAUUCAUCAUUUUAUGGUCUAUCAUUAGACAAUCAUUUCACAACCUUACCGGAUUCCGGACUUCAAUUCGAUUCCAAUAUGAUAGCGAUACCGACAGAAAUCGCAUCGGUCACCGAAAAAAUGAAAGAUCAGAUUCUUACCGAUGAUACCAAUCAACAACAACAACAACAAUUAUUCGAUCCACAACUUCAAUACCUUACUGAAUUGAGAAUGGAAAGAGAAAAGAUGCGCAACCGAGCUGAAAUACUUAAAACCAAUCCUAUGGUCCGUAGCGAUUAUCUGCCAUCGUUGCAGACGUUGCCGAAAUCAUCAAACAACAAAGAUUCAACGACAACAACAUCGAUGAUGAUGCAUGGCCGUCAAGAAAGUCAGGAUUCUGGUCUUGGUGGAAGUACUACCAGUGGCACAUUGAACAGCAUUAAUUUUCCAAAUGAAGCCAACUUACUCACUGAUUUUGGCUCAAAUGGACACGUUGCAGUCGAGCAACUUGAUCCGAAUGUUGUGCAAUGUCUCAUGUCUGAUUCGGUGGAUUGUUUCGCAAUUGCCGAUUUAGAUCUGGAUGGAUUGGAUUUCGAUCAAUACAUUCAACAUAAUCCCAUCAACAAUGAUAUCGGCCAAUUAUUCAAUCACGAUGAAACCAUGACAUGGAAUGUUUGACUUUCCAAUAACCUUUCUAAAUGGCCUCGUUUCC